AUGGACGACGACACCAUUAGCAGCUUACCGGACGCGAUCCUCAGCCGCAUACUCUCUUUUCUCCCAACCAAACACGCGGCUGCAACAAGCGUUCUCUCCAAACGAUGGAAGCCACUAUGGCGUUCAGUCUCUACUCUCCACUUUGAUGACACCCUCUAUGUCAAAAGCAACUAUACUGGCAUGAACAACUUCCACAAAAUCAGAGAGGAUUAUUCUCGCUUUCUCCAAUGCGUCUAUGCAGUCAUGCUCUAUCGAGAUCUCCACCUACCCAUCCAUACAUUCCGCCUUCACUGUGAUUCCUGUGAAUUUUAUGAUCCUACCAAUGUAACCAUAUGGGUUAAUGCUGCAGUUCAGCGCAAAGUUCAGGAUUUAGAACUCUCCUUAGGUUUUCAUCCGUGUAAUAUUGACAGACGACCCACCAACUUGUCUUCCAUCUUCACUUGCACCACUCUUGUGGUUCUCAAGUUGUGCCAGAUAGAUUUGAUUCCGUUUUCCUCUGGUGUUGAUUUGCCCUCCCUCAAAGUCUUGCAUCUACAAGAUUUGAUUUUCUUAGAACGUGAAUCUCUUGCAAAGCUUCUUUCUGGAUCUCCAAAUCUUGAGGAUUUCAAGGCGAGGGGAUUGCGUUUUGAUAAUUAUAACACUGAUAGAGAGUUUAAACCCUUGCCCAAGUUGGUCAGAGCAGAUAUUUCAGCCACACAAACUUGUUUUUUGUUCACAGAAGUGGUUAACAAUGUCCAGUUUUUGCACUUAGACAAGAUUCCUUCUAGACUCUUACUUGAGCCUCAAUGGAUAGACUUGGACCUCGGCUACAUUUUCCCCAUGUUUCACAAUUUAACCCAUGUUGAGCUUGUCUAUCAACGCUAUAAUUCUGAUUGGUCUCAAGUAGUGGAAUUCCUCCAUCAUUGCCCCAAGCUUCAAGUUCUUUCCAUACACCAGACAGAUUUUCAUUACAUUGACUCUAGACAAAUUGAAAAAUCAGGAGAUUGGCAAUUCCCACCGUCUGUUCCUCAAUGCAUUCUAUUACACCUUAGAAGAUGCUAUCUAAAUGGUUAUAGAGGCACCAAAGCUGAGUUUGAAUUUGCAAGAUAUAUUAUGGAGAAUGGAAGAUUUUUAAAGAGUAUGGCCAUAUCCAGUGGCAUUGCCGGAAAUCAAAAGUUUAAGAUGUUAAAAGAAUUGUCCUAUUGCCAGAGGUCUUCUGCAACAUGUAGACUUUCCUUUAAAUGA